UACUCGGAGCGCGUGGGCGCCGGCGCCCCGGUGUACCUGGCGGCCGUGCUGGAGUACCUGACGGCCGAGAUCCUGGAGCUGGCGGGCAACGCGGCCCGCGACAACAAGAAGACGCGCAUCAUCCCGCGCCACCUGCAGCUGGCCAUCCGCAACGACGAGGAGCUCAACAAGCUGCUGGGCCGCGUCACCAUUGCGCAGGGCGGCGUCCUGCCCAACAUCCAGGCGGUGCUGCUGCCCAAGAAGACCGAGAGUCACCACAAGGCCAAGUGAAGC